CACCGACUUCUUCUUCAAUUUCACCGGGCUGUCAGGGGAUUGACUGCCCGUGUGUUGACCGUCUGACUCAAUCAUGGCCUCCUUCAAGGAAUUGUCUCUCUCCCGUCCUCUCCCCCAUCCCAACUCCCGUCACCAUUCUCACUCCUUUUCCCUCGGUGCGGCAAACUCCACUCAUCGGGUGACCCGUCGGAAAAGUGUCACCACCGCCGCCGCUGCCAAUGCUGCCGCCGUCGUCGCCGCCACCAUGAAGGACAUUCCCACCACCGAAUCCCGCGGCAUUCCCAUGCCCGCACACCGUCGAGGCAGUCGGAGGGGUCUCGAGUCCUCCUCCUUGGGGGUUCCCUCCGCGGCGGCUUCCUCCUAUCUCUCCCGCUCCGGCAACAGUCCCAGUGACCACCACCACCACCCCCCGGUCGCUCGCAAGUCCGCCGACGGCGGUCUGGCAGCGAACUCCCCCCCGGGCGACGAUGCCACGGGGGCCCUGGCGGACGCCAAACAACGUGACCGUCGGGCCAGCGAAGGGUCGCACUUGGUGAAAGGCGAGGGGAAGCGGUCCAUGGUCGAGCUCCGCUGCGAACGCUGCGGCAAAGGCUACAAGCAUGGCAGCUGCUUGUCCAAGCACAUGUGGGAGCAUGAUCCGGCCUGGGCCAUUACCUCCAAACUCCUCAUCUCCAAGCACCAGCAGGUUCAGCUGCUCGAGGCCGCCUCUGUCCUCGUCAACAUGAACCAGGAAUGCCCGACCGCCGACGGCUGCGAAAUCGACUCGGACCUCUCCUCUGCGUCGCCCGACGCCUCGUCGGAGUUGCGCGAUGGACUGAGCUCCGCCGAGACCACCCCGCCCCCGAUGGAUGAGGAUGACGACGACCGGAUGGAGAUGUCGGUGGAACCCGAGCCCCUGGGCAAGCAGUUCAGCGUCAGCAACGCCUCGGGUCCUUUCUCCCGUUCCUUCCAAUCCAUCCCCGCGAGCUCCUUCACCGGCAGCGCCCCCUGGCCGUCCCCCGGCUUCUCGCACCACCGCCAUUCCAGCAUCGAUACCCGACCGUCCACGGCCGAGGCUAAGCUGCACGACGACGACGAGGCCGACCUGGCCGCCGCCAUCGGUCUGUGCAACUUCGGCACCCCGCGCACGCGACCGGUCGCCAUGUCCCCCAGCGUCCCCUCCGUCCCGGAGCUGCCCACCCGCGUGUUGGACCACCCCGCCGGCACGGAAAGCCGGAGUCUCGAUCCGUCCACGGUCGGGUUCACCCCGGCUACCCCGAGCAUCUUCCCGUCGCUGUCCUACAACCCAUCCCUGUCGUACAAGGUGUCGGACGAGCGCGAGGUGCGCAGGGGCGCCACGGACCGUUCCUCCCGCAAGCAACGCAAUGCGGAUGUCGAUUUCGGCAGCCGGCCAGCCCCCGCCGAUGACGACGACGACGGGGUCUUUGGCCGGAUGGAGGAAUAAUGGACCUGACUCUGUCUUUCUUUCUUUGUCGUUUCUUUCCCACGUUUUGCAUCUGGAUUCCUUGUUCUUUAUUCCCCCCCCCCCAAACCAAUCGAACUGCCACGUUGCAGUACUACAUUUUUCAUGACAUGUACGAACUUGCGCGCACCGCUGUGUGACCAUUUUGAUUUCUGGCCGAGCUGAAGGAGUUGAAACACCCCCUUUGCGUGUAUGACUUUUCUAUUUAUUAUCUUGUUUUGUUUUUAUCUUUUAUUAUUUUUUUUUUUUUGGAUCUCCCUUUCGUAUUUCCCCCCACUUUGUUUGUUUCCUUUUUCAGGAAUUGUAUCACCCGCGGCUUGUCCUGUGCGACCCGGAGCUUUGA